UAGAAAUCAACUUGGUUGUAGUUAUUUCAUCAGUGUGCUUUUUAACAUAUAUAAGCAGAUGGUACGUGAACAGUAUACUACAACAACACAAGGCACAAGCCUAGAGAGGCCAGAGAACCAGUAUGUCUACAAAAUUGGCAUUUAUGGCUGGAGGAAGCGCUGCCUCUACCUGUUUGUCCUCCUUCUGCUUAUCAUCCUAGUUGUGAAUUUUGCCCUGACAAUUUGGAUUCUUAAAGUCAUGUGGUUUUCUCCAACUGGAAUGGGGCACCUGCGUGUUACAAAAGAUGGUCUCCGUCUAGAAGGGGAGUCUGAAUUUUUAUUCCCGCUGUAUGCCAAAGAAAUUCACUCCAGGCUGGAUUCAUCUCUACUUCUACAGUCUACACAAAAUGUGACAGUCAAUGCUCGAAACUCUGAAGGAGAAGUCACAGGCAGAUUAAAAGUUGGUCCCAAAAUGGUAGAAGUCCACAGUCAGCAAUUCCAGAUCAACUCCAAGGAUGGCCGCCCACUCUUUACAGUGGAUGAAAAAGAAGUUGUGGUUGGGACGGAUAAACUUCGAGUAACAGGACCUGAAGGUGCUCUUUUCGAGCACUCAGUAGAAACACCACUUGUGAGAGCAGAUCCAUUUCAAGACCUCAGACUGGAAUCCCCCACAAGGAGCCUAAGUAUGGAUGCACCAAGAGGAGUUCAUAUUAAAGCAAAUUCUGGGAAGAUUGAAGCUCUCUCUCAGAUGGACAUCAAAUUACACAGUAGCGAUGGGAUGCUCGUGUUGGAUGCUGCCACCGUGUGUCUGCCUAAAUUGGUACAGGGGACUCGGGGCCACACCGGCAGCUCUCAGAGACUUUAUGAAAUCUGUGUGUGCCCAGAUGGCAAACUUUACCUGUCAGUGGCUGGAGUGGGUUCUACUUGCCAAGAAAACAGUAGCGUCUGUCAGAAAAGCACCUGAACAUGCCAUCGAAUUGUCGGAGCACGCCUCAGUGAGCUCGAAUUCUCAAUAAAUAAUUAUUCUGGAUUAUGAGGCAUCAGAGCUGAAAUGUUGUAUCCUGCCCCUGGAAUUGGAUGAAGGAAAUAACAUGCAAAUGCACACAUAUGUACACACACACACGUGAAAAUAUUUUACUGAACUCCAAAAAACUGCCAGUGAAAACGUCUGGAUGAAACUCUGUGUUCUGGAAGUGGUGUCAAAUUUGAGCCAUAGGAUGUAUUUAAGGAAAAUCAACAGAAUUGGUGUGCAACAUGGAGCUGUUUAAUUUCCAUCAGAAUGAUGAGGGAAUGGUGGCUGUUUCUUUAUUUUCCCCUCUCUCAAUACAUGUAAAUAUGCAAUGAAA